AUGAUGACUCUCUCACUAUUAUCCAAUAGCCUUUGUACUUUCUUGCUCAUCCUUCUCAUCUUCUUUACAUCAUUAACGACACUUGUCAAUUCGCAUCCUCUAACUUCCCUCUCACCGAACCAUAGAACCACAUCCUCUCUUUUAAAUUUACCAGUCCGAGUCCUUUCUCUUCAAGAAUUACAACCUUCACAUGUCAUUGUUGGAGCUUUUAAUUAUUAUUCAUUGUUUGUGUGGAAAAAAUUAAAAAUUGAAUCAUUUCCACAAUUAUUUGAAACAGUCAUGACAAAUUCUAAUUGGACAACUAGAUAUUUCAAUCAAAAUAUGAACCACUCAACAAAUUCUAAUAGUAACAAUUUUCCCAACUUUAAAUCUCCUCACAGGCCUUUCAAAAUCAUUUGUCCACAAAAUUAUCCAUGUCAAAAUUUAUGGCAAUUGACAUGGACUCAUUCCGUCUCUAAUCCCACUUCUAAUUUUGCCUUAGAACAUCGAUAUAGUUUAUUUUCAGAUUGUCGAUAUGGAUCUCUUUUAGAAUAUGGCGAUGCUUUUUUAAUGACUCCUUUUGAUUUCGCAAUGAUUGUAAGAGUGAAUUUACAAGUGACACAAAAAGGACUUUUUUCGUCUCGACAACGACCAUUGCAAGUUCCUUUUGAAUGGUACAACCCAUUGGUCCAGUUGCAAAUUGCAAAUUCUUCAAUUUUGUCCAUGUAUAAUCCGAGUGAUUUUAUUGCCAUUCCAAUCAUUCCUUCAAAAUUUAUAGUGUUGGAUCAAGGUGCAAGUGGCAUGACAUUUGACAGUACUCGAACUUGUGAGGAAUCUUUCAAGGAUGGAAGUUACUCUACAUCAUGUACUUUUUUACAAUUAGCCAUGAAACACACACGUGUAAGAUCCAUGAGCUCGUGCUCUGAAAGCACUUUCCAUGACAUGUAUGUUUGGGAUGGACUUCAUGGAUUGUUAAAUUUUUCACAACACGAUAUUGAACUCGUUCAAAAAUUGUUAAACUUCCAAGUUCAAGUGGAUGAUUCACUCAUUCGAGAAGCAUGGAGUAGUUUGGAUUCAGAUCGAGCAAAAUCUCUCGAAACUCUCUCUCAUUCAACCAUUUCAAAUUUGUUAUGGAAUUCAACGUGUCAUUACUGUUCAACCACUCUGUGCGUGUCAGAAAAUAUUGAACGAACCGAUUACUUUGUCAUUGUCUAUUCGAUUUUUAUGUGUGGAUAUUAUUUAUUGUUUUUUGGAUUUAGAAUGUAUCGAUUACCUUCCAUGAAGAGAAGAUUGUUGCUGCCAUUUGUCACUCCAUUUGCAUUGUUACUUUUUCAAACAAGUUGGUCAUCAGUAGUGAGAAAUGCCUGUGGAUCUGUCAUGCUUCCCAUCUCCAUCUUGAUUGUUGGAUUUAUUUUUACACUCCAUGUUGUCAUUGUAUUGAGAAAUUUGUAUUUGAAAAUCUUGUACAAAUUUUUAAGACAAGAGAAUUCCAAAAAUCUUUCCCAGACCAAGGAAAAGCAUUACAAAUUUUACAAAAUUCUAGCGUCAGAACGAAUGGGUUGGUUCAUGUGUACAGCCAUUCCAUUAAGUGUCAUGUUGGUCUUUUCCAUUCCAUCGACGGUUGUGAGCUCGGUGUUGUUUACAGAAUUAGUGUUAGCCAAUCGAAUCAUGUUUGCAACCAUUGCUUUGUUUGGAUGUGUCUUGGCAUUAUUAUAUUUGGUCAUUGAUAUUUUGAUCUGUAGAAAGAAAGUUUUCAAAAAGGGAAUUCGAUGGUUUUUCUUCUUCGAUGAUCCCCUCUACAUUCGUAUCGACCUUCUCUCUCUUCAACUCCUCAUGAUUCUCCUCAUCAUUUAUCUCAUUUUAUUACCUCUCAAUGCUCCCUUCUAUCCUGUGAGUGACAAUUUUGCAACGAAUGCCUUUUUAAGAAUGUUGAUUUGUAUCUUUUUAAUGAUGAGUUCGGGUGGAUUUACCAUGACCAUUGAACUUGUUAAUUUAAUACUUGCGAAAAAAACAGAUGCCUUUAUUAUUGAUUCUGUCAAAUCAUUGGAAUAUUUACUUUUGAAAUAUUCAUGUUUUGAAGAAUUAUUGAAAGAUUAUUGUACUGGAGAGUUGACAUUGGAACAUUUAUUAUUUUUUAAGGAAUUGAGUGAAAUCAAAACUUUGACAAGUUCUAAAAUUUCUCAAUCCAUGUUCGAACGUCUGGAACGAGUGUUUAUUGAAAAGUAUGCAAUUUUUCAAGUGGAUCUUCCAAAAAAGACCAUUUCACAAUUCUACAAAAUGAAGGAAAAGAUGAAGCAAGUUGUUGUUGCAAGUCAGAGUGGAGGAAGUGGCAAUUCGAAUGAAGAGAGUCCAACCACGACCGUAGCAGCAACAGCAAGUAUUCAAAAACCACUUCAUUUUCCUUCAUUUUCAUUAAUUUCAAGUGGUCAACCACUUUUCAUUCAAUCCGAAGAAAUUCCAAAAAACAAUCAUUCAACAAGUACUUCUCCAACAAUAGCCACGACAAUAAUCGACGUAAAUAAUCCUGUUCAGAACAACACACUCUCUGAAUAUGCUUCUUCACCUAAUUCUCCAAUUCCUCAAUUACCAAAUAAGGAAGAUUUAAAAUUUCAUUCUCUAAAUCAACACAAACAUCAACAACCACACACCGAAUGGAUCCUUUCUCAUCAACUCAACACGCAACACAAAUCUUCCAACAAAUUGGAACAAAGCAUGACCAUUUUGUUUGAACAAUUAUUUAUCGAUGUUGUGUUUAAUAUUCGAGAAAUAUUUUCGAGAUUUAAAACCACAAAAGAAUUUAGAGAUUGGGUUGAGAAAAUGUCAAGAGAGGGUAAUUUUCAAUUUAAUCAGCCGGUAGUGGUGGAACAGGAAGUGUCGAAUUCUACUACACCGAGAGCAAGUGGAGCUGUCACUAAUCAAAAGAGUCACAUCAAAAUUGCAAGUCUUACCACUGUGGUCGAAUUUACAAGUUCAAGACAAUGA